UGAACUGCGUUGUUGCAGAGUCACUGCGAGUGUUUCGAGUGUAAACAAGGGGUUGGUGAAAGAAAAGUCUAGAACUACCAUCUAUAAUAUUAUUUUCGCAUUAUUUGUCGUAAUAUUUAAUUUACCAUAAAAUAGGUGUGUUUAUUGCCAACAUGGUGUGAUAAUAGAGGACCACUGUGCCAACAGGGGAAAUGCAAUAGUUGGUUAUUUAAGCGAGGUGACCGCGAGGAGACGAAUAGAUUCCUCGGCCUGCAGUGUCGCAGCGAGGGACUGAGAGGUCCCUGCAUGUCCAGGCCUGUCUCACUCUGGACGGCAGGCGGGGCCCCCUGAGCCCAUCGUGGCUGUUUCGGUCACGUCGUUUCGACCAUGGCGUCUGAGGUGAAGGACUGCGAGGAGGAGACUUUGCAGACCGCCUUCAAAAAGCUCAGAGUUGACGCAGAAAGCCCCCGGGCCGCGGCGCGGAUCUGCGAGGCUUUGGCCCAGAAGACCGAGGGAGGCAAGGCCAAAGGGGCCUGUCCCAAGGAGAACUGGCACGGAUGUGUGCGUAAGACCUCCAGAGGAACCGUGAGGAGUCAGAGGCGGAGAAGAUCAAAGUCUCCCAUCCUCCACCCUCCGAAGUUUACCUACUGCAGCUCCAAGAUGUCUCCCCCGCCGGGCCACCUGAAGCACAAGAGCCUGGGGGAGGCGGACGCCCCCGGGGCGGCCCUGGGGGUCCCGGCCAAGAAGGAGCUGCUGUCGUCGGGCCACGCCUCGCCCGUGUUCGGCGCGGCGGGGUACGAGUCCCGCGUCCGCGAGCUCCGCUGUGGGGCCUCCUCCCCAGAGGUCCUCCUCAGACCCCCGUCCGACGAUGAGGGGGCCGCCGAGGGCUCGCCCAGCGCGGGGCCCAGCCUGCUCCUCCCCCCGGACAGGGGGGACUUCCAGUCGCUGUCCCGGCUGCAGGAGAGCCGCUCGGAGGCCUGCGCGUGCGCUAACGCUAACGCUAGCGCUAGCCCUGCGGAGCCGUGCCGCUGCCGCAGCUGGGAGGGCGUGGAGGUGUACUCCUUCACCGGCCUCAGGGACGUCAUCUCCGAGUGCGAGCGGAACCUGGCGGCCCCCGACGACCCGGCCCAGGCCCCGCCGCGCGGGCGGACUCCCGCGGGCUCUCCGCGCUCCUGCUCCGAGCAGGCGCGCGCCUACGUGGACGACAUCACCAUCGAGGACCUGUCGGGGUACAUGGAGUACUACCUGUACAUGCCCAAGAAAAUGUCGCACAUGGCCGAGAUGAUGUACACUUAAGGGGCGACGGUCCGUCGGGGCGGACGGCGAAUGGUUUGGCGUGACGCGACGAUUCCGGCAAACCUCAACGGGACGGUUGCCUUCGCUCCCCUGUUUCCCCAGUCUUCACCAUGACCCGUCGCUGCGCCGAAACGCAUAUCAAGAUGUACCUGCUUUUUUUUUUUUUUUUUUUUUUUCUGUCAUCUUUGUUUUUGAAACAAGAGCUUGAUUUGAUUUAUCUCCGGUUUACAUGAUGAGAAGUUGCCAAAGCUCUGAAACCACGGGUGUGGUUAAAGGUAUGUGCAGACAUCAUUGCCAUGUAAAAAAUAUUUCCGUUUUCCAUGGCCAAGGGUGUCUUUGGAACUAACUUUCACUUAAUAAAUUAAUUGUUUGGUUUUUUUUUUGCUCAUAAUUAUGGAUUAAUGGUAAAUUUCCUUUUUUCAGCAUAACUUAUGCUUUUGGGUUUGGUAGCUUUUUUUUCCAAAAAUGAUUGAUCUUUAGAAUAUUGUGUACAUCAAAAAUAUACAGUUGGAAAGGGCACUGCCAACACUAGUGUGAUUUAACAGCCAGCUCGUCAUAAAAAUGUUCAUUAAUUUGUGAGGAAACUUUGAUUGACCUACAGACACAAGAACAGCCAUCUGGAACCAUAAAAUAUUUCAAUUGCUUUGUGGGUUGUUGAGGAUUAUUUUGCCAAAUACCCAGACUUGUAGAAUUCAUCAGCAUCUGUUGUGGGUCCAUUUGACGUGAACGUGUCAUCCAAAUAAAGUGUACUGAGAGGUA